AUGGAUGUUAUGUCGGUCGAGGCAUGUGUUCAGGCCGGUGAGCUCAUGCCCCUUACCUCACUCCUUCUCUGCCUGUCCAUGCUGUUGCUGCUUCGGAAGAAUAUUUUGCAAACGCCUCACAAACCCUUCUAUAUGACGGAGGUCUUACCUAAAUCGGUCAAUGUUCCGGACUGCUGGGACCGCGCGCGGAGCCUCAUCAUUGUUGCUUCCUCGAUCACGCUACACCGUGGACGCUAUUCUGAGCUGAGCUUGUGCAACACCGUCAAUGAUGUGGUCCUACUUUAUGACCUGGUAGGGACUGCAUCAUGGACAUUCAUUGGAGCCUAUCGCGAUGCUUCAAAGUUGGUGCAGCGGCUCAAAAAUAAACAAAAUACUUCAGAGGAUUUCAUACUGCCAGAGCAGUUGACAAAGGACUUCGAGGACUCUCUGUCAUUAGGAUGUUCUGCCGUGCAGAGCUUGUACGACCACGACGUUCGUCGCUUUGGCGAAACCUACGCCCGAGGGGACGCCACCGCCCGGGAACAGAUGAAAGACAUCCUCAUCAAUCUGCAGCAAGCAGUCAUCUCGCAUCUGCGGGAGGUCUUCAUGGACGAAGCGACAUUGGACCUUCACAUGUUGAAGGAAACCUCAGACGACUGUCGAGUCAAUGCAACUGUUUGCUUAGGCCAGCUUUACCAGCGUAUGUCGACGGCCACAGCGGCAAUGAAACAAAUAUCCCGUCCAUACAUCGAUGAAUCGGACAAAGUCCAGUUGCCUGGAUCGCUAGCCUAUUCAAGCAGCCGCAGUACGCAUUCCUCGCUCGGGGGAAGACCAUCUGACAAUCAAUCGGCCACAUCCUAUACCACAUACAGCUCAAGGACAGCCGUUGGACACGAGCGCAAACCAUCUGGCGGAUUGGCGCCGCAACGAAGGACCUCGAUGAAUUCAACAGUAUCUUACUUGAGCGAGCCGCCCAAGAGCCGUACUCCAGGUGAAAACAAUGUGCCAGCCCUCCCUUUUCUUAUGCAGAGGCAGACAAGCCAAGGCGCUGUUGAGCCUCCUUCCAGUGGAUUUGUUGUGUCCAGGCAACUGGAGGACAGCAUUCCGUCAACAGGUGCCGACCCACCACUAUACAGGCCGAACUUAACGAGGCCAGUUUACACAAGUGAUGAAAAGGGGCAAAGGUUUCCGAAAGAGUCUAAUUUUUACCAGUCGCCGGUACUAAGCCCGCAUAAACAGGUGCCACAGAACACUUGCCUGGAACGCAGUCCUGGGAUAGCAAAUGAGAUCCAGGUCUCGGUGCCCGUCCUCCCAGCUCAAGUCCACGAGCUUGACCAUAGCGAGCGUCGCGAGGCACAUAAAACACAAGAUCAAGAAGCGACGAAACAGAACAUGUCAUCGAAUCAGCGACCGGCAGUUCCCUUGAAUCCUGAUUAUAGCACAUUAGAAUACGUUGCCACGCUAGACUCUCGGAGCCGUCCCCCGGCAGCUUCAGUACCAGAUCAACACUACCAAAGCUUUUUGCAUCAACUGCCUCCCCAUUUACAAGAGCAGGUGCAACAGUCAAUGUGGCAUGGGUAUCAGGCCCGGCAGAUACUCCAAGGGCACUCGUACAACGACUCGCCUAUCUCGAGGCCUCAGAUCAGCAAUGCCGGGCCCGAAACGGUUCCUGCUGUCAUGGAUCCCCUUUUUCAACAAAGGGUACCACCGGUUCCUCCAGUCCCACGGCCGCUGUCGAUUCGGUCUACCGGUUCGAAUGGAUCAAGAAUGGGGUCUUUCGCGAUACGCAAGGGGCUGCCACCGGGUAUUGCCGAUGCGAUACACAAACCUGCACCCACAUCACUGGAAACGCAAUUCACUAGCCUGCCUCGCUACGUGAAACCGAAAGCGCUCGAUCUCGCCGACAAUGAGCAGACGGCUACGCUCAACAGCCCAACUUCGCUAAGGGGCCAGUUCAUGGACAGCACGUCGGACAGCAUUACAGUGAAAUCAGCGUCUGAGAGUGCAUCGCUCGAAUCUACGAUGCGGAUCGCACCGGUUCCUGCAGCCUCACCAGAACUUCAGAUAGCCCGAUCGCAGCUCAACUUACCGAGCAACAACUUGGGGGUCCGGAAAAAGGGAUUCUCGCUUGAGCACCGAAGGGGGCCCAAAGGUCAAGAGUAUUUCUGGCGGUGCACCAAAUGCAAUUUCGAAGGACCGGCAUCAGUGUCCAGGGCGCUGCCGAGCGGCGGACGUGGCUCGGUCAAGACCGAGAAGACGUACGAUACCAAAGUACGAUAUUCUGAAGGGGGCAUCAAAUACCGGUGGAAUCUCCUGGCCAAGUGCCAUAUGCCCAAGAAGCUGACGAUCGGCGAUGCCAUGAACAACGGCGAUGCGUUUGCUUGUUUUUUCUGUUGUGUGGAGGGAGCGGCCAAAGGCUGGACUGAGGACGGAGUGCCGUCGCAGUUGGCUAAGCUGGGCGUCUUUGGCGAGAAGAAAGCGACCACUGUCAACUUGACACCCACCUUCACGGGACUACAGGCGUUCCUAGCACAUCUGGAGACGCACCGGCUUCCAGAUCGCACUCCUGGGUUGAUUGCAUCAAAUGAACUGUAUUGCAUCGUGGGCAGAGUUGCCCAUGAUCAAGAAGAAUUUGAUUUGAACCUGCCCCCACUGGGGGCAUGA